AUGGCGAAUUUGGAUCACACUCACUUCUCCGACAGCGACGAUUUUGAACUUCCUCUCACUCAACCUCUAUCACUUUCCAAUAAUCAAGGACCAUCCAAGAAACCCAAAACCAAAACGACUCCGUUUCCUGGCAAAGAGAACAUUCCCCCUUACGAAAUCGGUAACUGUAGCUUGGAUUUCAUUGCUUCCACCUUAGAUUCCGAAGCCUCUGUUCAAGCGGUUUGUUCUUCUGUGUCGGAGCUGAAGAAGGAUAAUAAACGCGCUUAUUCGAACAAUUCGUUAGAGUCUAAGCUGGUGGUAUCGAGAACGAAGACGUUUGAUUAUGGAGAGUCUGGUUCGAAGGGGAAUUCGCGCUAUGAGUAUGAUGGUUCAGUUGAUUGUCCUCUUUGUGGUGAUGAUAUUUCUAAUUUAACGGAGGAAGAGCGGAAUCUUCAUACCAAUCACUGUCUUGAUAAAACUGGAGAAGAUGUUGCUCUUCCUAGUGAUGAGGUGGGUGCUCAAUUUGGGCCCAAAGUUUCGCCUGUUGUUGAUUGGAUACGUGAUCUUGGUUUAGCUAAAUAUGAAGAAGUUUUUGUUAGGGAAGAAGUUGAUUGGGAUACCUUGCAAUGGCUGACUGAAGAGGAUCUCUUAAACAUGGGUAUAUCUGCACUUGGUCCCAGAAAAAAGAUUGUGCAUGCCCUCUCAGAACUUAGAAGAGGAGUUGCCCCUUCAAAUGAGAAUCAAGAGAAUUCUGGGGUAGAGCCCAGGAGGAUUAUUAGAAACCAGAAUGUGAGAUUGCAACAUGACAAAUCUGAACGAAAAGUUGACAGUACCGUUAAACCAGUAGCAAACAAAUUGAUUACCGAAUAUUUUCCGGGAUUUUCUACCAAUGAGAAGAAAGUUACUGCACCACCUCCCGUAGAACAACAAGAAGUGAAAAACAGUGGCUCAGUUUCUGGUCGUAAGCGCAAAGCAAAAAAUAUGUCAACAAGUACAAAGACUCGUGAUGUUCCUAAAUGGUGUGCCAUACAAGGAACACCUUUCCGUGUGGAUGCUUUCAAAUACCUAAGAGGAGAUUGUUCCUACUGGUUUCUUACACACUUCCACAUGGACCAUUAUCAAGGUCUCACCAAGUCGUUCAAUCAUGGAAAGAUCUAUUGCUCCUCUGUUACAGCUAGACUUGUAAAUAUGAACAUAGGGAUUCCAUAUGAUAAAUUACAUAUUUUGCCUCUAAACCAAAAGGUUGAAAUAGCUGGUAUUGGCGUGACUUGCUUGGAUGCCAACCACUGUCCAGGUUCCAUAAUAAUACUCUUUCAACCUCCGAAUGGUCAGGUGGUACUUCACACAGGUGAUUUUCGUUAUAGUGAAGAAAUGGCAAACAACCCUUUUCUGCAGAUACGUCCUAUUAAUACUUUAAUUCUUGAUACCACAUACUGCAAUCCGCAAUAUGAUUUUCCAAAACAAGAGGCUGUAAUACAAUUUGUUAUUGACGCCAUUCAAGCAGAAGCUUUUAAUCCCAAGACUCUUUUUCUGAUUGGCAGCUAUACAAUUGGAAAAGAAAGGCUAUUCUUGGAGGUUGCUCGUUCGCUUCGCAAAAAGGUUUACGUAACUGCAGCAAAAUUACGCCUUUUAAACUGUUUAGAAUUUACUGAGGAGGAUAUGCAGUGGUUUACUUCAAAUGAGCAUGAAAGCAAUAUUCAUGUUGCCCCUAUGUGGACACUCGCAAGCUUCAAAAGAUUGAAGCACAUAUCAAGUCAAUAUGCGAGUCGGUUCAGUCUUAUAGUUGCUUUCUCUCCUACUGGUUGGACAUUUGGCAAAGGUAAAAAGAAGUCUCCUGGAAGAAGGUGGCAGCAGGGUACUGUUAUAAGGUAUGAAGUUCCUUACAGCGAGCAUUCCAGCUUUACAGAACUCAAAGAGUUUGUAAAUUUUGUGUCUCCCAAUAACAUUAUACCAAGUGUGAAUAAUGAUGGACCAGAAUCUGCGGAAGCAAUGGUUUCUCUCCUGUCAACUUGA